AGGCGCGGCCUGCCAGGACUCGCCAGCCCCUGCUGUUGCCGGGCUUGUGUCUAGGAAGUUCACGUAAAUGGUGUCUUGUGACCCAGCUUUUGCAAGUUGCUCUCCUGCCCAAUCUGGCUUGAGAGACGCUCCACGUGGAUUCAAGGCUGUUCUUAAGCUGCGCCUCCUGGGUUGAACUACAAGGUGCUUAUCUGCUGCUUUGCUGGAGGUGAUUAGGGGAUUCUGGCUUCUCCCACUGCAGGUGAUGGCUAUGGGUAGAGCACGAGCUGGCAGCCUCAGGUGGUGGGCCUUGACCCAGCUGGCCCGGGCUGGGACUUAAAUGCUGCUUCCUUCGCAGCCUGCCACAGGCUGCCCGUGUUCCCCUCACCAGCUCGGGUGGGCUGCUGAGCGCCGGCCGUCUGGCCACGGUGAGGAACGCGGUUUCCUUUGCUCACAUUUGCUCUGCCUCCAUUUCUCCCGCCGUGGGCCGGUGUUUCCUGGCAGCCCUGCAGUUGCUGUCCUCCUUGGACCUGGUUCCCUUUUCUGCCUCCUGGGGACCCCGUGCCCUUGGGAUUGGACUGGCUGUGUGUUACAUACGGUGUUUCUCUGGAGUUAUUUUGGAUUUGGCCAAAUUUCUCUCCAGGGUUUCUGCUUUGAGUGUCAGCUGAGAGCGCUUUCCUCGGCCGAGUCUGUGAGCUGCUCCUGGGUGGGUUGAGGUUGCCUGGGCCCCCGCUGGAAUUGUGCCGUGUGGUGGGAGCUGCAGCCCCCGCCCUCCUCCAGGGAGACCUCCCGGCCCAGGACCCUGUGCACAGCAGUCCCUCCUGACCUGCGGCCGAUGCCCCGUUUCCAGCCAGCCCCUGUCGGGUGCCCUUCUGUGGCAUCCAGUCCUGCUGCCCCACACCUGGCCCUGCCCUUGUGUCCUGCCUGUCUUCGGGCCUUGUCCCCCUUCCCGACCCCCUGUUCAGAGAAGCCGCCCUGAGGCCGUCUGGGCCUAGAUUUGGGCCCAGCUCCCUGCACUCUGCCCAUUCAGCUUGGACCCCAACCAAGACCUGUGGAGACCAGGGCCGACGCUGGGCUCAGGCAGCAGGAGGCUGUCCUCGUGUCAGAGCCGUGGCCGCCUGACAGAUGCCACCUCCCUGCUGGGACCAUUGUGGGGGCCCUUCCCCCAGCAGCCUUGUAAGUGGGACGGAGGUCACAGCUCUGGGCAGAAUCUCCCUGCUGUCUGCCUGCCGAGGCUGAGGAAGGGGGAGUAGGGGCCAUCGAGGAGGUGCAGGGAGAGGAGCGGGAGGGCUCUGGGUGGGUGUUAGGGGGUGUUCAGGCCCACGUUGACCCCGUGGUCUGCCAAGGGGGAGCUCUACACUCAGACCCUCAACUAAGACCAGGAGGUGCCUGAUGAGGCCCAGCCUGCAGAGCCAGCUCCUGGUGGAAGAGGAAAUGAGGCAUGGUCCAUUCAUUCAGAGGUGGGUGAGGCUUCUAGCACCCCUGGCCGCCCUUUUCCAGAGAGCCGUGGGGUCUGGAGAGAGCCUCUCUGCUGGCUGUCUACCAUUUUGACUCUGGGCUGUGGGCAGGACCUGUGCCCUGGCCAGGGGCUGGGGCUGUCAUGCCCCCGCGUGGCCUCCUGUGUCUGGGGGUCGGGGUCCCUGAGGUCCUAGGAGGCCCCCUGCCUCUGAGCCGCUUCUUUCGGAAUCUGCAGGAGUUCCCUGGGCUGGCCUGAGGAGGAGCCUCCCCUAGUCGAGCAGGCCAUCAGCCAGGAGAGCUUGCCCAUGGAGGGGCUGUUUGAUGUCCCCAGGACAUUGCUGUAAACACAGUGCAGAAGCCGAUGGCUGGCCCUGAGGCUCUCUGUGACCCGGUGUGGUCACUCAGCCUCCUGGCACAUGACCUGCCCUCAGAGUGUCCUGGAAUGUCCUUAGCAGGACGGAGUGCGGGAGGGACCUUGGGUGCCUGGUGCUGCUGGGACCACAGCGUUUGGGUCAGCCUGGCCUCCAUGAGGGUGCAGGCUCCGGGGUGUGACCUCAGGGUGCCCUGAGGUGGGGUCUCUGGGCAGCCUUCCCCUGAGCCCCUGGGAAGCUUCUCAGCAUGCUGGCCUGGCUGCAGGGUCCUAUUGCCCAGCUGUUCACAGUAGCUGGUGGCCAGGCUCUGAGCCUAUCGGGCCACACAUCUUGGGUGUGCCAGACACGAGGCCGAGAGGCCCUGGGGAGGAGGCGUGGCUCGGCGCAGCACCCCCUGUGCUGACCCAGGGUUUGGUCCUGUCAAGUGUGGCUGGCAGGGGCUGAGGUCACCUGGGACAGCAAAAGUAGGGCUGUGGGGUUGCUGGUGGUCAGGCCUGAGUUGGGUGGGGCCUGCUGGAGGCCCAGAGUCCAGCAGGGCCCUGCUGGCUCACCUGGUACCAACCUCCAGCGGAUCUGAGGUGGGGUCUGGUGGGGCCUGUGGGCAGGGCCACCUGCUGACAAUGCACCUGGGCCAGGGGAGGCUCCAAGCAUAGGGUGGCUCCCACGUCAGUCCCCAGGGAGGGGCAAGGCAAGCGGCUUGGGCCUCACAGGGGUGGGUCCUCUUCCUCUGGACUGUGCUCAGGUGUGCCCAAGUGUGCCCGCAGCAGCCCUGGCCCCUGCCAAGACAGCUGAGGACGUUUGGUGCCUGCCUGGAGUAGAGUCUGGGGCAGUGCCCUCUGACCUUGUCCUGUAGGUGACCUUGUCCUGUAGGAGGUAGCACCCCCAGCCCCAUGCCCAGCUCCACGUUCUCAUGGAAGGUGGAUGUGUGUUGAGGCCACAGGCAUGGAAGCCAGGCCUGGAGUGUCCACCAGCAGCUCAGUGGCCAAGGCUGUGGAGCUGGGUUCCCACAUAACAUGUGAUGGAGGAGGUGGGGGUGGGCAGGCUGACAGCCUGUGCUCCGCCUCCUGGGUGGGUGCAGGGUGCCUGCAGGGGCGCUUGCCCCCCUCCUUGCCCCUGGGUUGGAGUCUGGCCUUAAAGACCUUGCUCUGGGGGCAAGUGUGAGAUGGGAGUGCGCAGCCCUGGGCCCUCUGCCCUACCCCACGACCUCUCUUUCCCCUUCUUCCCGUUCCUGUCUUUCUUCCCCUGCCGGGUUCCCCUACGAACAGUCCCUCCCACGAACCUGCUGUUCCUGAUCCUGCCCUUCCUUUCUGUGUCUUCUGUUUUUGUCUCUCUCCGGGAAGGAUGGAAGGAGCUUGUGCUGGUGUGAAUGUGUCACGAACGAGAUCACACCGGUGCUGUCGUACUCCUACCUGGCCGUGCUGGUGCCCGUGUUCCUGCUCACCGACUACCUGCGCUACACGCCGGUGCUGCUGCUGCAGGGGCUCAGCUUCGUGUCGGUGUGGCUGCUGCUGCUGCUGGGCCACUCGGUGGCGCACAUGCAGCUCAUGGAGCUCUUCUACAGCGUCACCAUGGCCGCGCGCAUCGCCUAUUCCUCCUACAUCUUCUCUCUAGUGCGGCCCGCGCGCUACCAGCGUGUGGCCGGCUACUCGCGCGCUGCGGUGCUGCUGGGCGUGUUCACCAGCUCCGUGCUGGGCCAGCUGCUGGUCACCGUGGGCCGAGUCUCCUUCUCCACGCUCAACUACAUCUCGCUGGCCUUCCUCGCCUUCAGCGUGGUCCUCGCCCUCUUCCUGAAGCGCCCCAAGCGCAGCCUCUUCUUCAACCGCGACGACCGGGGGCGAUGCGAGACCUCGGCUUCGGAGCUGGAGCGCAUGAACCCCGGCCCGGGCGGGAAGCUGGGACACGCUCUGCGGGUGGCCUGCGGGGGCUCAGUGCUGGCGCGGAUGCUGCGGGAGCUCGGGGACAGCCUGCGGCGGCCGCAGCUGCGCCUGUGGUCCCUCUGGUGGGUCUUCAACUCGGCCGGCUACUACCUGGUGGUCUACUACGUGCACAUUCUGUGGAACGAGGUGGACCCCACCACCAACAGUGCACGAGUCUACAACGGCGCGGCCGAUGCUGCCUCCACGCUGCUGGGCGCCAUCACGUCCUUCGCCGCCGGCUUCGUGAAGAUCCGCUGGGCGCGCUGGUCCAAGCUGCUCAUCGCAGGCGUCACGGCCACGCAGGCGGGGCUGGUCUUCCUUCUGGCCCACACGCGCCACCCUAGCAGCAUCUGGCUGUGCUACGCGGCCUUCGUGCUGUUCCGCGGCUCCUACCAGUUCCUCGUGCCCAUCGCCACCUUUCAGAUUGCAUCGUCUCUGUCUAAAGAGCUCUGUGCCCUGGUCUUCGGGGUCAACACGUUCUUUGCCACCAUCGUCAAGACCGUCAUCACUUUCAUUGUCUCGGACGUGCGGGGCCUGGGCCUCCCGGUCCGCCAGCAGUUCCAGUUAUACUCCGUGUACUUCCUGAUCCUGUCCAUCAUCUACUUCUUGGGGGCCAUGCUGGAUGGCCUGCGGCACUGCCAGCGGGGCCACCACCCACCGCAGCCCCCAGCCCAGGGCCUGACAAGUCCCAUGGAGAAGGCAGCACAGGCACUGAGCGUGCAGGACAAGGGCCUCGGAGGCCUGCAGCCAGCCCAGAGCCCGCCGCUCUGCCCAGAAGACGGCCUGGGGGCUGUGGGGCCAGCCUCCCUGGAGCAGAGACAGAGGGACCCAGCCCUGGCCCCAGCCCCGCAGGCAGCUGGAUUCCUGAGCCCAGUGACAGCCCCUUCCGCCUGCACUCUGUGCUCCGCCCAAGCCUCAGGCCCUGACGCUACAGAUGAGACUUAUCCCCAGCCGGCUGUCCAUCCUCCUGGUGUCAGCAAGCUGGGUUUGCAGUGUCUUCCAAGCGACGGUGUUCAGAAUGUGAACCAGUGACUCUUGGGUGCCCCUGUGGUAACUUUGCAGGUGGCCCUCAGUGCAUCCCCAUGACCCCUGCCUCGAGGGCCGCCUGCCUUAGCCGUGGAGGCCUCUGCUUAUCCUGCUGGCAGGCCCCCUAGGAUUCCCCCUGCCCUGUGCUGCACUCUGGCGGUGGCCACAUGUGCUGGCGACACUCAGGGCAGCUGCCUGGCCAUGCUGUCCCUGUGCUGUGCCCCGCGGGCUUUGGUUGCUGGAAGAGGUGGGUGGUGGGCUUCUGCGUCCACCAGGCCUCACUGGCUCAUGCCCCUUGGGGGGCUUGAGACAAAUCCUUUCUGCCCCCCAGGGCUGGCAAAGUGGCCUUAGAUACCAGCUCAGGGGACACUGGCCCCACAGGAGUUGUGAGCCCUCUAGGGCAGGGUGGGAGCCGGGACCCUCAGGUGUAGCUGAGCUGUGACAUUGCUGGUCAUCCUUGGUGCUCUUGCUUUUUGAAAGAUGCUUUUUUUUUUUUUUUAACUGACGUAGAAUGAAGAACUGCAUGUGGCUUCUCUGUCUGUGGAAAAGCCAUCUCAGGUUGGCGGCAGACGCAUCGUCAUCAGAGGGGAGCAGCGGCUCUGGUCCUCGGAGCUGGUUCCUGUCUCCCACCCUAAGGGCAGCCCUCCAUCGUCCUUUCUGUCCUUCUGAAGUGUGUUCAUCCUGACCUGUGGGUCCUCAGCUGCACCCACACUCGUGCCAGCCCGGAGAGGACUGGUCCCGGUCACCGCGGACGUGCUGGCCUUGGUACGUGCCAGGCUUGCCUGGGCUGGGGAGCCUUGUGGGACUGCCUUUGUGGUGGGCGCUGGGGAAGUACGUCUCAGCGGCCUCAGGGUCUAAGGAGCGCUAGUGCCUUAUCCACAGGUGCAGGACCAUCUGAUGUGAUGUGAACUCUUCCCACAUACAUUAAACACACUUGAUAAGUGA